AUGGUGGGAGACAAGGCGAGAGGGGAGAUGAAUGCUUUUCAGAGAAAUGAAUCCAAGGAAACUUUGUUCACUUUUAUUUCUGCAGGAGAUGAUCCUCCAAAAGGAGAUUUCCCUGUUCAGAAAAAAUCCCCGAAACUCUGUGGCUCCAACUACCCCAUAAGCAUUGCCUUCAUUGUGGUGAAUGAGUUCUGCGAGCGCUUCUCCUACUAUGGCAUGAGAGCUGUCCUGACUCUAUAUUUCUUAAGCUUCUUCCACUGGGAUGAGAAUCUCUCCACCGCUGUGUACCAUGCCUUUUCCGCACUGUGUUAUUUCACACCCGUCAUUGGAGCCAUCAUGGCAGACUCAUGGCUGGGGAAAUACAAGACGAUCAUCUACCUCUCCAUUGUGUAUGUGAUUGGCCAUCUGAUAAAGUCAGUCGGUGCCAUUCCAUCCCUGGGCAACCAGGCGGUUCAUGUGGUCCUGUCUAUGGUUGGUCUGUUUUUGAUCGCCCUUGGAACGGGAGGUAUCAAGCCGUGUGUCUCUGCAUUUGGUGGGGACCAGUUUGAAGAGGAACAUACCUCGGAGAGAAGCAAGUUCUUUUCCAUCUUCUAUUUAUCCAUUAAUGCUGGAAGUUUGAUCUCCACGUUUGUAACUCCUGUAUUAAGAGGGGAUGUGAAAUGUUUUGGAGAGGACUGUUAUGCUCUGGCUUUUGGUGUCCCAGCAGCACUGAUGGUGUUGGCACUCGUUGUGUUCAUUGCUGGAAGUGGACUGUACAGGAAAACACCACCGCAAGGGAACGUCUUACUGGAGGUGUGCAAAUGCAUUGGUUUUGCUCUUAAAAACCGCCUGAAGAACCGCUCCCGCCAGAUUCCAAAGAGAGAUCACUGGUUGGACUGGGCCUCGGAAAAAUACUCGAAACAGCUGAUUGGGGAGGUUAAAAUGGUGACACGUGUUCUCUUCCUCUUCAUACCGCUGCCAAUGUUCUGGGCCCUGUUCGAUCAGCAGGGAUCCAGGUGGACUUUGCAAGCAACAAAAAUGAAUGCUGAUUUUGGAAUAUAUGUCCUUCAGCCUGACCAAAUGCAGUUCUUAAAUCCACUUCUUAUUCUUGUCUUCAUCCCAAUUUUUGACCUUGGGCUCUACCCCCUGAUAAACAUGUGCAAAUUUAAUUUUACGCCUAUAAGAAAAAUGGCAACAGGUAUGAUCCUUGCAGGGAUGGCAUUUGGACUUGCAGCUAUUGUAGAAGUCAAAAUAAAUGAAACUGAUAUGCCUCAACUUGUCCCAGAAGAAAGUUUAAUUCGGGUCUUGAAUUUGGCAAAGAACCCUGUUCAAGUGACAAUCCAAGACCAGGCCCUAUUUCAGCAACCUGUGGAGGCUUUUCAGAACACAUCUGACUACUCAAAAUUAACAUUGAACAGAGAGCAACAGAACAUUCACUUCACCCUGCAACACCAAGGAUUGUCUCUUGCUUUUAACUACACCGUGAAGGAAAAAUCAGUAUACAGCUUAAUUGUUUUUGAGGCAGAGGGAAGCCUAUCAAGCCGCUUAAUUCCAGACUUGGAAGCAAAGCCAGAAAACGGCUUGGCAGCUGUUAGAUUCAUUAAUGGUUUGAGCCAAGAUGUCAACCUCACCAUUGAUGGCAAACAGUACAUUGCUGUUCAGAAAAACUACAGUGCUUCUGGGUAUUCACUGCUAGAGAGGGACAAGUAUAAUAAUGGAAGAUGCACAACUGAAACAGGAGACUUCCCCCUGGAGCUCGGCCUGCUUGACUUCGGUGCCUCGUACACCAUUGUGAUAACUAAUGUUUCUGGAAGUGUUGUUAAGACAUGGAAGUCAGAAGAUAUCAAAGCCAACAAUGUCCAUAUGGCCUGGCAGUUACCACAAUACUUACUAAUAUCUGCUGGGGAGGUGAUGUUCUCCAUUACAGGUCUGGCCUUCUCCUAUUCCCAGUCUCCAGCCAGCAUGAAGUCGGUGCUGCAGGCAGGCUGGCUGCUCACAGUGGCUGUUGGGAAUACCCUUGUGCUGGUUGUUGCACAGGCUGCACCAAUGGCACAGUGGGCUGAAUUUGUCUUGUUCACUGUUCUCCUCUUUGCUGUGUGCAUUAUUUUCUCCAUCAUGGGAUAUUUCUAUGUCAGUGUGGAUCCAGAGGACCUAGAAGAAAAGGAAGAGAAGAGAGAGACCUCAAGCAGAGGAAACAUGAUUAGUCUCGUUCCUCAGAAAACAAAGCUCUAA